GUGAGAGUAUUGUGAAUAGUCUCUGCACGCGUGGCCGUACAGAAUGCUGCUCGCGAGGAACUCGCGUCUUUAAGGAAAUGUAGGAAUUACCGCAUCACGGAUUUAGUAGCAGUGUUUAUUUAAUUUUCAUGCGUAGAUAUGCUCACCUACUCUUUUUGCCAAAACGUCCUGGAGAUCCUAUAGACGCAACUUUGGAGCGGCGGCUUUCGCCCGCUGUAUCUGUUUCAGUGAAGAGUGCUCUGCAAACAUGCAGAACCACGUGACUUCACUGCUGGCGGUUCUGCUGCUCCUGUGCGGCUGCACCAGGAACCAAAGCCUCGGCACUGCUCCUGUCCCUCAGUUUACCCAGUCUGUUUACAACGCUACCAUUUAUGAGAACUCUGCUGCUAAGACCUAUGUGGAAAAUCCUGUCAAAAUGGGAAUCUACAUCACAGACCCCGCUUGGGAAAUACGGUACAAAAUUGUGUCGGGAGACAACGAGAACCUGUUCAAAGCUGAAGAGUACCAAUUGGGAGACUUUAGCUUUUUGCGAAUAAGGACCAAAGGAGGUAGCAGUGCCAUUCUUAAUCGAGAGGUUAAAGACCACUAUAUUCUCACAGUAAAAGCCAUGGAGAAGAACUCAAAUGCUGAGGCUCGGACAAGAGUCAGGAUUCAGGUGCUAGAUACAAAUGACCUAAGGCCACUGUUCUCCCCAACCUCUUAUAGUAUAUCAUUACCUGAAAACACAGCUAUUCGCACAAGUGUAGCAAAGGUAAUGGCAACGGAUGCAGACAUUGGUACGAACGGAGAGUAUUACUACAGCUUUAGAGAGUGGACAGACAUGUUUUCAGUCCACCCCACAAGUGGUGUGGUUACACUAACCGGGAAGCUGGACUUCUCUGAGACAAAGCAGUAUGAAUUAGAGAUUUUUGCUGUGGAUCGAGGCAUGAAGCUGUAUGGUAGUAGUGGUUUUAGCAGCAUGGCUAAGUUAACGGUACGAGUGGAACAGGCUAAUGAGCAUGCACCGGUCAUCACUGCCGUAACGCUAGCACCAUCAGACACUGACAAGGACCCUAGUUAUGCUAUUGUGACUGUCGAAGACAAUGACCAAGGAGCUAAUGGUGAGAUAGCGUCCCUCAGCGUUGUUGCAGGUGAUCCUCUUCAGCAAUUUAAAGCCAUGAGAACAAGCCCGGGCAGCAAAGAAUACAAAAUCAAAGCGGUCAAGCAAGUAGAAUGGGAUAGUCAGCCCUUUGGAUACAACUUAACACUGCAAGCCAAAGACAAAGGAAGUCCACCCCAGUUUUCAUCAGCAAAGGUCAUCCAUGUCACAUCCCCCCACUUUAAAGUAGGGCCUCCUAAAUUCAGUCAAGCUAUAUACAGAGUCAACGUGAGUGAAUUUGCUCCUCUGCACACACCUGUUGUAAUGGUAGCAGCUGUGCCAAAGUAUCCCCAACUUAAGUAUGCAUUCAAACACAAAUUGGCUAAAAAUCAUUUCACCAUUAAUGCAGAUUCAGGCUUGAUCACAACGGCUGGACCCCUUCAUGCAGACUCUGUGUCCAGAUACGAAUUAGAAGUUGUGACCAGUGACAAAAAAGCAGCCGCUAAAGUCAUUAUUGAUGUGAUUGAUGUGAACAACAACGCUCCAGAAUUUAAACAAACAUCUCACAGAGCUAGCGUUGAUGAAAAUAUGCCGAUAGGCACUAGUGUGCUAACAGUCAAAGCCACUGAUUUAGACAGCGGGGAGAAUGGAUAUGUCACUUACAGCAUUGCCAAUGUGAAUCCCCAGCCAUUUGUUAUUGACUAUUUCUCGGGUGUCGUCAGUACUUCAGAGACUUUGGAUUAUGAACUGAUGCCAAGGAUUUAUACUUUAAAAGUGCGGGCAUCAGACUGGGGUUCCCCUUUUCGGCGUGAGGUAGAAACUCAAGUUACGAUCACGCUCAACAACCUGAAUGACAACAAGCCACUUUUUGAGAAUGUGGACUGUGACGUGACUAUGCCAAGAGAUCAUGGUGUCGGUGAACAGAUAACAACAGUAUCUGCUAUCGAUGCUGAUGAGUUGCAGCUUGUACGGUACACAAUAAAAGCUGGCAAUGACUUGAAUCUUUUCGAGCUGAACCCAAACUCAGGUGUACUGUCUUUAAAGCAGCCCUUAACUGAGGGUGAGGCAGCGAAAAUGUCACUUCACAGCUUGCAGAUAAUAGCCAGCGAUGGAGAACACGAAACUCAACCUAUGUUUUUAAACGUUACAGUCGUUACAGCCCGUAAAUCGGUCCAAGUAAAAUGUGUUGAUACUGGAGUCGCCAGCAUGUUGGCAGAAAAGCUGCUUCAAGGAAGCAAGCUCCACAGCCAAACUGAACCUGAAGACAACUUCCAAGACAUUCACUCCGUGAACCGCUUUGCUCCCCAGUUUUUGGACACUUUUCCCAGUGUUAUUGAAGUCAAAGAAGACUUGCCUGUUGGAGCCAGGAUCGUCCAUCUGAGUGCUUCAGAUUCUGACAGCGGUUUUAAUGGAAAAUUGGUUUACGUUAUAUCUGGAGGCGAUGCUGGGAGUCAUUUUGUUGUUGACAUGGACAGUGGAUGGCUCAAAGUGUAUUCUCCCCUUGAUAGGGAAACAGCCGAUCACUAUACAUUGAACAUUACUGCCUACGAUCUUGGAAUACCUCAGAAGUCCUCUUCACGCCUACUGGAUGUAAAGAUUCUGGAUGCGAAUGACAACAGCCCACAGUUUUUACAAGAUGCAUAUUCAGUGGAAAUCAGUGAGAGCACAGCUGUCGGCACAGAGAUCAUUCAGGUUGAAGCAAAAGAUAAAGAUCUCGGGGAUAAUGGCGUGAUCAGAUACUCCAUAUUGGCAGACACUGAUCAAUUUGCUAUUGACACGGAGACUGGGGUUGUUACGGUGAAGAAGCCUUUAGAUCGUGAGGUACAACCCAGUUUUGUACUGAAGAUAGCAGCUCAUGAUCAGGCCACUGCUGAACCUCAACUUAUUUCGACUGUGUUACUUAAAGUCACACUGGAAGAUGUAAACGACAACCCUCCAAAAUUCAUUCCCCCAAACUAUCAGGUUAAAGUACGAGAGGAUCUGCCCAUCGGUACAGUUAUUAUGUGGCUGGAGGCUCAUGAUCCUGAUGUUGGACCUUCUAGCCAGGUACGAUACAGCCUCGUAGACAACGGGGAUGGGAAAUUCGAAGUGGACAAAUUGAGCGGUGCUCUAAGAAUUGUCCAAAAUCUGGAUUACGAGAAAAAGCAAGUGUACAGUCUCACCGCAAGAGCAAAGGACAAAGGGAAACCCAUAUCUUUGUCUUCAAGUUGUCACAUUGAAGUGGAGGUUGUGGAUGUGAACGAAAAUCUGUACAGACCAUUGUUCCCAUCAUUUGUGGAUAAAGGAUAUAUUAAAGAGGAUGUGCCCAAUGGAACAUCAGUGAUGAAAAUCACAGCUCAGGAUGAGGAUAAAGGAAGAGACGGAGAAAUCCGUUACUCCAUACGGGAUGGGUCAGGUCUCGGGAUCUUUACUAUUGAUGAAGAAACUGGUGUGAUUCGGACACAAGAGCUGCUGGACCACGAGACCGUGCCUCACUACUGGCUGACGGUCUACGCCACAGACCGUGGCGUGGUCCCGCUCUCUUCCUUCGUGGAGGUGUACAUCGAGGUCCAGGAUGUCAACGACAAUGCCCCUCAGACCUCCGAACCUGUCUAUUACCCAUCCGUCAUGGAAAACUCACCUAAAGACGUGUCAAUAAUCCAGAUCGAGGCGCUCGACCCGGACACCCAGUCCAGCGAUAAGCUCUCCUACAGGAUCUCCAGCGGGAACCCCCAGGGCUUCUUUAGCAUCAACCCUAAGACAGGUCUGGUCACAACCACCUCACGGAAACUGGACCGAGAGCAACAGGAUGAACAUAUUUUGGAGAUCACGGUGUCUGAUCAAGCCGUUCCUAACAAGUCCACUACAGUUCGAGUCAUCGUUAAAGUCUUGGAUGAGAACGACAACAGGCCACAGUUCACUGAGAAAGUCUACAAAAUUAAACUGCCCAAGCGAGAAAAAACGGAGGAGCGUUCGCUCAAGAGAGAUCACGUGUACCGCGUCAUUGCCUCAGAUGGAGAUGAAGGACCAAACGCUGAGAUCUCCUAUAGCAUUGAGGAUGGAGAUGAGCAGGGCAAGUUCUUCAUCGAGCCCAAAACUGGCCUGGUUUCUGCUAAGAGGGUGUCUACUCCUGAAGAGUACGAUAUCCUGACGAUUAAAGCAGUGGAUAAUGGCCGACCCCAGAAAUCAUCCACUUGCCGCCUACACAUCGAAUGGAUCCAAAAGCCAGAGCCGAGUGACGCCCCCUUGGCAUUCGAUGAGCCGUUUUACUCUUUCUCUGUCAUGGAGAGCGACCCUGUGGCUCAUAUGGUCGGGGUCAUCACCAUGGAGCCUGUGGACUUUCCUGUCUGGUUUGAGAUAACAGAGGACAUAGCGUCUAAAGAGCUCUUUUACAUCGUUCAGAUGGCUUGCGACCUGAACUGCACUGCAGAAGGUGGUAAUUCUGACAGUCGAUUUGAGGUGAGGAAGGCGAGUGGGACGGUGAUCGUGGCCCAAGCGUUGGACGCCGAGCAGAAAUCCCAUUACAACUUGACGGUGACGGCAACAGAUGGCAACAGAUCUGUCAGCACUCAGGUUCUUAUUAAAGUAAUUGACACCAACAACCAUCGUCCCCAGUUCUCUAAGCCCAAGUAUGAAGUAAACGUCCCUGAAGACACCCCACCUGAGACAGAGGUGUUACAAAUUUCAGCAACAGACCAGGAUGAGAAGAACAAACUUACUUACACCCUCCUCAGCAGCACUGAUCCAUUCAGCCUACGCAAGUUCCGAUUAGAUCCUGGAAGCGGAGUGCUGUACACGGCGGAUAGACUUGACCAUGAGACCAUGCAUCAACAUACACUAACUGUCAUGGUUCGUGAUCAAGACAUUCCUGUGAAGCGAAACCUGGUGCGUGUGAUUGUAAACGUGCAGGACACCAAUGAUAAUGCACCGUGGUUCUCUGGCUUACCGUAUGUGGGCCGCGUGUUCGAGUCUGCUGCCAUUGGCUCUGCUGUGCUUCAAGUCACUGCUCUUGACAAAGACAAAGGCCAGAAUGCCGAGAUCGUCUACAGCAUCGAGUCAGGAAAUGUUGCAAAUUCAUUUGCUAUUGAUCCUGUCCUGGGCACCAUCACCUUGGCAAAGGAGCUGGACCGCAGCAACAAGAACCAAUUUGAGCUAACUGUGAAAGCCACUGACAAAGGCACACCAUCUCUUAGUGCUACCGCUGCUGUCAACAUAACUGUCACAAUUUCAGACAACGCCAUGCCAAAAUUCACAGAAAAAGAGUUUUCUGCUGAGGUUAGCGAAACUGCAUCACCUGGAACUUUUGUUAGUCUGGUUACCGCUACUAGCCAGUCAUCUGUGUUCUACCAGAUUAAAGAUGGAAAUAUAAACGGAGCAUUUGAUAUCAACCCAAACUCGGGAGUAGUUGUGACCCAUUCGGUUCUGGAUUACGAGACUAUUCCAUCAUACAAAUUAACCAUUCAGGGAACUAAUAUGGCCGGUCUGGCUAGCAACACUACUUUACUGAUUCACUUGAAGGAUGAGAAUGAUAACGCACCUGCAUUCAUUCAAGACGAGUUCACCGGAAUGAUCAGCGAGUCUUCUCCGGUCAACAGUGUGGUCCUCACCAAAGACAACACACCACUCGUCAUCCGUGCUUUAGACAAUGACCGUGAUGCAAACUCCAGGCUGGUCUAUCAGAUCGUUGAGCCAUUUGCCCAUAAUUACUUUGCCAUUGACUCCAGCACUGGAGCAAUCAGAACCAUAAGUGAACUGGAUUAUGAGGAAAGGUCCAUGUUUCGCUUCUCUGUUCAAGUCCAUGACAUGGGAAUCCCACGUCAUUUUUCAGAAAACGCUGCCAAUGUGACAAUUGAGAUCAUUGAUGUCAAUGAUUGCCCACCACAAUUUAUCCAGGACCUGUAUGAAACCACAGUUUUACUGCCGACUUACAAAGGAGUAGAGGUGAUCACAGUCAAUGCCACAGAUGCAGACUCCGCUCUGAAUUCGAGGCUUUUUUAUUCUCUUAUUGAAGGAAAUAUAGGAGAAAAGUUUAAAAUGGACCCAGUCACAGGGGUUAUCACUAUUCAAAAUGUCACUCAGCUUCGAAGCAGGUAUGAGCUGAGAGUGAGAGUGUCUGAUGGCAGGUUUUCUAAAACAGCUUUAGUAAAAAUAAAUGUCAGAGAGAAUAAGGAGAGCAAUCUCAGGUUCACACAAGAAUCAUACAAGGCAUCUGUGCCAGAAAAUAGCUUAGAGACAAAGACUUUAGCUGUAAUAGCUGCAGUGGGAAACCAAGUAAACGAACCUUUGUUUUACACCAUUCUGAACCCUGAUAAAAGAUUCAAGAUCAGCCGUACUUCAGGAGUACUGUCCUCCACAGGCAUACCUUUUGAUAGAGAAGAGCAAAACACAUUUGAUAUUGUAGUGGAGGUGAGCCGAGAAGACAAGGUAUCUGACAUAGCUCACGUGCUUGUCACUGUCAUAAUCGAGGACAUCAAUGAUAACCCACCUGUGUUUGUCAAUUUACCCUAUCAAGCGCUGGUCCAGGUUGACACUGAGGUGGGCCACGCUAUCACACAAGUGACUGCAAUGGAUGCAGAUAUUGACAGAAAUGCGGAGAUAAACUACCACCUUAAGGAGCUAAAUGAGUAUGUUCAGAUCAGCCAUGAUGGAGAGAUAUCUCUUAAAAAGAAACUUGAAAAGGAUCAUGUCGACACUGAGUUUGUAAUCACCGUCGUGGCCAGAGAUGAAGGUGAACCAGCACUGUCCUCUACUGUUAAUGUGCCAAUAAUGGUUGUGAACAAAGCAAUGCCCGUGUUUGAGAAAGCCUUCUACAGUCUGGAGAUCCCAGAGAAUAUACAAUUACUAACACCUAUUGCGCACAUUCAGGCCAAUGACUCUGAAGGCCCCAAAAUUGUGUACACUAUUACAGAAGGGGAUCCUCUCAAUCAAUUCUCUAUCAACUUCAAUACCGGCGUCAUACAGGUGGUAAAGCCUUUAGAUUUCGAGAAACACCCAGCUUAUAAACUUAGCGUAAGAGCCACAGAUUCUCUAACUGGUGCCAAAGCCGAAGUCUUCGUUGACAUAGUCUUGGAGGACGUUAAUGACAAUCCACCUGUGUUUUACACUAAACUGUACAACGCAAGUGUUUCUGAGGCAUUGGUGAUUGGAACGUCCGUAUUACAAGUGUCGGCUACAGAUGAUGACACCGGUAACAAUAAAGCACUCUUCUACCAGAUUGUCGCAGAUAAAGACAAGAGCUCAGAUUACUUUAGCAUUGACCGUGACACAGGCACAAUCUGGACAGCUCGCAUGCUUGACCACGAAGAAAAAGCCUCACACAAGCUGACAGUUAAAGCAGUGGAUGGUGGAGUGCCUGCACUUUCAAGUGAAGUCACAGUGUUAAUUGAUGUAACAGACCUUAAUGACAAUGCUCCAGUUUUCUCACAAAACCUUUAUAAAGCCACAGUCAGCGAACUGGCACCCCGAGGCCACUUUGUCACCCAGGUUCAGGCUUCAGAUGCUGACAGCUCAGAUAGUGGUAGACUUGAAUUUUCAAUCAUAUCUGGAAAUGAAGAGCAAAACUUCGCAAUAGAUCCUGCCUCUGGAGCCAUAGUCAUAUCUAACCACCGUAAACCCCACAUGGAGUCUCUCCACAACCUCAAUGUGUCUGUAUCAGAUGGUGUAUUCAGAAGCUCAGCUGUUGUAAAAGUUAAUGUUAUUAGCGCUAACUUCCACAAUCCUACCUUCAACCAGGUGGAUUAUGUGGUUGAGCUACUCGAGAACUCCCCAGUCGGAACGUUGUUAGCAGAAGCUCAAGCAACCGAUGAGGAUUCAGGCACAUAUGGAAAACUCACCUACCAUUUAGUAAAUGACAUUGCUAAAGACAAGUUUUCCAUCUCUGAAAAUGGAGAAAUUUUUACCUUAGAGAGUCUUGAUCGAGAGAACGCAUUGGAGAAAGUAAUUCCGAUUUCUUUAAUCGCAAAAGAUGGUGGUGGCAAAGUUGGAUUCUGCACUGUGAAUGUGAUUUUAACGGAUAUCAAUGAUAAUGCUCCACAGUUCAGAGCUGCUGAUUACAGAGUUAAUGUGGCUUCUGACGUGCCAAGAGGAACAACCAUACUUAGGAUUGCAGCCUCCGACAUGGAUGAAGGCAGUAAUGCGGACAUUACAUAUUCUAUCGAAGCAGAUGCGGAUAAUGUUGAGGAGAAUUUUGAAAUCCACCAGUUCAGUGGUAUCAUUAUAACAAAGGAAAGCCUCAUUGGAUUGGAAAACCAGCAAUACACGUUUCUUAUACGAGCGAAAGAUGGCGGGAAUCCCACCAAGUCCUCUGUUGUUCCAGUGUAUGUCAAAAUCCUUGCUCCUGAAGUCCCAGUGCCAAAGUUCUUAGAGUCUCACUACAGAUUUGCCAUCGAUGAGGAUCUUCCUCUCGGUUCGGAAAUAGAUGUCAUUCAGGUGGAGAGCGAUCAGCUUGUCGUUUACAGUCUGGUGAAAGGGAAUACUCCUGAAAGCAACCAGGAUGAAGUAUUCGUGGUUGACCCUGACUCUGGAUCUCUGAAGCUGGAAAAGAAGCUGGAUCACGAGAGCACCAAAUGGUAUCAGCUAAUCCUACAAGCGCAAAGUGAAUAUGAAGGCAAUAAAAUUGUCUCCUCUGUAGACAUCAGCAUCCAGGUCAAGGAUGUCAACGAUAAUAGACCCCUCUUUGAGUCAAACCCUUAUGAAGCUUUCGUAGUGGAGAAUCUCCCAGGUGGUACCCCAGUUAUGCAGGUUAAGGCCACAGACUUGGACUCGGGUACUAAUGGACAAGUGGUGUACAAUCUGGAUACCAACCAAGAAUCAGGAGAAAUUGCUGAACUGUUUGCCAUCAAUAGUGAGACCGGAUGGAUAAGCACGUUGAAGGAACUCGAUCGCGAAAACAAAAACAAGUACACAGUUUCAGUCUUGGCCACUGACCGUGGAGACAAGACGCAGCUGACGGCCAGUACCAAGGUGGAUGUCACAGUGGUAGACGUGAAUGACAACCCACCACGUUUCACAGCAGAGAUCUAUAAGGGCACAGUAAGCGAAGAUGACCCACCCGGGGGAAUCAUUGCCAUACUUAGCACUACAGACUUGGACACAGAGGACAAUAACAAACAAAUCAACUACUUCAUCACAGGUGGAGACCCCUUGGGGCAAUUUGGCAUUGAGCACACUCAAGGCGAGUGGAAGGUCUCUGUGCGGAAACCUCUGGACAGGGAGGAGAAGGACAAUUACUUGCUGAACAUCACUGCCACUGACGGGACCUUCACAGCCAAGGCUGUGGUUGAAGUCAAGGUCUUGGAUGCCAACGACAACAGCCCAAUUUGUGAGAAGUCGCUUUAUAUGGAGAACAUCCCAGAGGACUCCCCCGCUGGUAGGCUGAUCCUGCAGGUCUCUGCCACAGAUGCUGACAUCCGUUCCAACGCACAGAUUUCUUAUGAGCUGCUUGGGUCCGGAUCAGAACGCUUCAGCAUAGACACUGAGACAGGUGAAUUGAAAACGCUGCUCCCUCUGGAUCGUGAGGAAGAGGAGGUGCACAAGAUAAAGGUGCGCGCUGUGGACGGAGGCGGGCGAUUUUGUGAAGCAGACGUCGAAAUCACAGUCGAAGAUGUCAAUGACAAUGCACCGCUGUUUACCUCUGACCUCUACACUUUCACUGUGUUUGAGAACACGGAGAUAAACACGCCCGUGGCCCGCCUGUACGCUUCUGACCUCGACAAAGAUUCUAAUGCAGAGAUCUUCUACUCCCUGCUGGACUCGGCCCAUGGCGUUUUCUCUAUCGAGGAAGAGACUGGCGUCCUGCGAAUAAGUCACCCACUGGACCGCGAGCUUCAGCCGCUUUACACCCUCCGAGCCAAAGCCACCGACCGUGGAUCACCGCGGCAUCUCUCCUCUGUUACUACCAUCAGCAUUUCCAUCUUGGACAUCAACGACAACCCUCCUGUCUUUGAGCGUCGUGAGUACACGGCCACGGUCGCUGAGGAUGUGUCCGUUGGCACUCAGGUGCUGCGGGUACACGCUGCCAGCCGAGACGCAGAAGCAGGUGCAGAGAUAACAUACGCCAUCAUUAGCGGAAAUGAGAGGGGAGCGUUUCGCGUCGAUCCUCAUACAGGUGGUGUCUUCGUGAUCGAACCUUUGGACUAUGAAACAGCUCAUGAGUUUUAUCUAACACUGGAGGCUACAGACGGAGGCACGCCAUCGCUCAGCGACAUGGCCACGGUAAACAUCAACCUGACCGACGUGAAUGACAACAGUCCCGUCUUCAACCAAAACAUCUACUCGGCCGUGAUCAGCGAAGACGCAGAACUGGGAAAAACCGUACUCACUGUCAUGGCUGAUGAUGCAGAUGGUCCUUCCAGUAAUCAGGUGCGCUUCUCCAUCAUUGAUGGCAAUCAAGGCAGCCCAUUCACCAUCGACCCGAUCAAAGGAGAGGUCAAAGUGGCCCGGCAGCUCGACAGAGAGAAGACUUCAGGUUACACAUUAACUGUGUUGGCCUCUGACAACGGAAGCCCGGCUCGAUCCAGCAGCGCGACGGUCAACAUUGACGUUUCGGACAUAAACGAUAACCCACCUGUCUUCUCUCAGGCCAACUAUAGCAUCAUUAUACAGGAGAACCAGCCAGUGGGUACCAGCGUUCUCCAGCUGACGGUAUCUGACCGCGACGCCUCGCACAACGGACCUCCUUUCACGUUCUCCAUCAUCAGUGGAAAUGAAGGCGCCGCCUUCGAAAUCACUCCUCAGGGCGCGCUGGUCUCCGCAGCAACGCUUAGCCGCCAGGUGCAAGAGCUCUAUAUCCUGCAAGCUCAGGUCAGCGACAGUGGUCGACCGCCAUUAGUCUCCACAGUCUUCGUGAGCAUCCGUUUGAUCGAAGAGAGCGUCUACCCACCAGCCAUUCUUCCUCUGGACAUCUUUAUCACCACAGCAACAGACGAAUACUCAGGUGGGGUUCUGGGUAAAAUCCACGCCACAGAUCAGGACGUGUAUGACACUUUAACCUACAGCCUCGAUAGCUCCUCCUCCCCAAACUCCGGCCUCUUCUCCGUCUCCCCUGCCGAUGGAAAACUUGUGGCCCGCGGGAAUCUGGACGCAGGUCAAUACGCCCUUGACAUCACGGUAACAGACGGUCGCUUUACCGCAGCUGCUCGAGUCAACAUUCACGUACGGCAGGCAACGGCCCAAGCGCUCAAUAACUCCAUCGCCGUACGUUUUGCCGCAAUCGCACCCGAGGAGUUUAUCGGCGAUUACUGGCGCAACUUUUUGCGGGCUUUGAGAAAUAUUGCCGGAGUGAGACGUGGGGAUGUUCAUUUGGUCAGCUUACAACCUGCUGCUGAUGCCUCUGGUGACUUGGAAGUACUUUUAACACUGGAGAAGUCAGGAGGUCCAUUCCAGCCACAAGAAGUGGUGUACAGGAAACUGAACGAAUCGGUCGGGGUAAUCGAAGAAAUGACCGGAGUCCGUAUUGUGCGUGUUGUGAAGAAACUCUGUGCCGGUUUAGACUGUCCACUUAGUUACUGCAAUGAGACGGUUUCUUUGGAGACGGGAGCGGUGUCUGCCUACAGCACGGCGAGGAUUAGUUUUGUAUCGCCACGUUACGUACGCACAGCCAAGUGUCUUUGUGAAGGAGCUCAGUGUCCUGUCUUGAAAAAGCUGUGCGAAGGAAGCCCUUGUCCUCAGGGCAUGGAGUGCGUAGAAGAUCCCGCACACACCAAAUUUACCUGCAUCUGCCCAGAAGGAAAGCAAGAAUGCUCAGAACGUCAGUCCUUAACGUUCAGUGGAAACGGAUAUGCGCGGUACCGGCUGAUGGAAAACGAGAACAAGGAAGAAAUGAAACUGUCCCUCAGAUUGAGAACGUUCUCCACGCAUGCUACUGUCAUGUACGCCAAAGGCACAGACUAUAGCAUACUGGAGAUUGUCAACGGCCGUCUGCAGUACAAGUUUGACUGUGGCAGUGGGCCUGGCGUGGUAUCCGUCCACAGUACCCAGGUCAGUGAUGGGCAGUGGCAUACGGUCUCUCUCGAGGUAGAUGGCAACUACGCCAGACUGGUCCUGGAUCAGGUCCACGCCGCAUCGGGCACUGCUCCCGGCACUCUCCGCACCCUCAACCUGGACUCCAGCAUCUUCUUCGGUGGCCAUGCGCGGCCGACAUCCGGCUCGGGGAGGAUGGUGGUGAGCGGGCUGCGGGGAUGUCUGGAGGGAAUCGUGUUGAACGGGAGGGAGCUGCCACUGUCUAGGGUUCGAGGAGUUCACUCCGGAGUCACACUGGAGGAGCUGGUGGACGCGGCUUCCGGAUGCAGCUUGUCUCUUCCGGUCCAGGGCUGCUCCAGUAACCCCUGCACCAAUGGGGGCACGUGUUCAUCAUUGCCUAAUGGAGGGUACUUCUGUAAGUGCACUGCUGCAUUUAUGGGCACACACUGUGAAGUCAGUAUCAGUCCCUGUGCAUCUAAUCCCUGCCUUUAUGGAGGCACAUGUGUCCCACGGGGAGGAGACUUCUACUGCCAGUGCAGAGGACAAUACUCUGGCCAACGGUGUCAGCUGGGUCCGUACUGCACAGAUAACCCGUGCAAAAACAGCGGCAAGUGCAUCGAUAGCCUGGACGGCCCUGUGUGCGAAUGUGAGCCAGGUUUCCAAGGUGAUAGGUGCCUCAGUGAUGUUGAUGAGUGCCUGAAGAAUCCUUGUUCCAACGGCGGUCACUGUCAGAACACGUACGGCUCCUUCACCUGUAACUGUUCGGCAGGCUACAGCGGCAGGCAUUGCGAACUCCGCACAGAAAUCCGCAACGAUUUCGUCUCCACUUCUUGGAACAUCGGUUUAGAAGAAGUUAUCGGAAUCGUCGUCUUCGUCGCCAGCAUCUUCAUUCUCGUCCUCCUCUUCGUCAUAAUUCGCAAACGCGUAUGCCGGCGCUCGAAAUCCAAAUCGGAUGACGACGAUAAACUGGGCAUAGGUGCGGCACAGCACGCCUUCCUCCAUCGGCCGUACUUCGAUGCCAAACUCAACAAGAACAUCUACUCCGAUGUCCCGCCGCAGGUCCCCGUACGACCCAUCUCCUACACUCCCAGCAUUCCCAGCGAUUCCCGCAACAACCUGGACAGGAACUCCUUUGAGGGAUCUGCCAUACCGGAGCACCCUGAAUUUAGCACGUUCAACCCUGACUCGGUCCACGGACAUAGGAAGACGGUGGCUGUUUGCAGUGUAGCACCUAACUUGCCCCCUCCACCACCCUCCAACUCAGUUUCUGACAGCGAUUCAAUACAGAAGCCCAGCUGGGAUUAUGACUAUGACGCUAAAGUGGUGGACCUGGACUCAUGUUUAACUAAGAAACCGGUGGAGGACAGUGCAUGUCACCCUUACAACACCAGAGGCAGCAUGUCUGAAGUCCAGUCUCUUAGCUCCUUCCAGUCCGAGUCCUGUGACGAUAACGAGUCAUUCUCGGCUCAUGAACUCAAGAACCCAAGAGGCUAUCAUUGGGACACAUCUGACUGGAUGCCGAGCAUUCAACUUCCUGGAAUCCAGGAGUUCCCUCAGUAUGAGGUAGGGGAGUCCCCACCCACCCUUUACACUGACCCUGCCUUGCUGGACACAGACUAUUAUCCGGGCGGAUACGACAUCGAAAGCGACUUCCCUCCUCCACCCGAUGACUUUCCAUCCCACGACGACCUGCCCCCUCCUCCGCCCGUGCCCGAGUACGGGGAACGCUACGACACGUUGCAGUCUGCCACACGGGCGCUCAACAGCACCCCCUCCAGUCCCGGAGGGUCUGCGGUGCGCCAUCGCCCACCCUUACCCCAACUCUACAGCCUCACCCAGUUCCUACCCCAGCACCAUUAUUCCUCAGACGCAGAACCACAGACCAACCCUUCCAGCACCAUGACAUCCUCCACCACCGGAGGGUACCGGCGCGGAGGCUUCCCGCUAGGCUUCGGCCGCGAGUUCAAUCCCCCGGCCGCGGAUAACAUAUCUCUUUCGCUGUACACGUCAACGGCGUCCUGCUCGGACAUGUCCGCAUGCUGCGAGGAGUCGGAGGUGAUGAUGAGCGACUUCGAGAGCGGCGGAGAGGAGGAGGGAACUCAGUUUCAGAGGCUGGUGAUACCGCCACUGGACUCUCAACACCAACAGCAGCAUACUGAAGUCUGACACUGGAUCCACCGCAGCAAAAUAACAAAAGUGCCUAAAUGAAACCCUGACUGUGUAUUACUACCGUAAUCACGCAACGGUACACAAACGGAAGCGAGCGUAGUCUUACACAUAACACAAAUGCCAAACACCUGCGCACACAGUCUUUCUCUCGCCGGGUUAUUGCAAAACUCUCUGGUAAUUCUUGCGGGAUGUUAUUAUUAUUUAACAUAGUAUUGAAGAGAGAGCAUAAAAAGACUUUAAAAAAGUACCAAUCCUCAUGCACAAGAUGUCUGACACGACCAUGCUGAUGUACAAUUUACAUAACUGUAUUGUUGUUGAGAGAAAAAGCAUCAUUUGAAGGUGAAAUCUGUAUUCAAAUAGAUAAAACCAUGCAAACUGAUUUUUAUACAAAUCCUCAUUCAUUUGUAAUGUAAAUUUUAAUGUACAGUUUUGAUUUCAAGGUUUUACUAGGUUUUUGUAGAUAUUUUUUGCCUUUUAUUUUCCAAAAAAAAAAGACAGGAAAAGUAGUAUGCCGACUCAAAUGGUGUGUCAUUAUUCGCCUUACUGUAUGUUCAUUGACAAGCAAAGAAGACAUUUUAAAGAAAAAAAUUAAGGGUAUGAAUCGCGCUACACGGCACGGAUCAGUCGAUGGUCGUCUGCAAUGCAUAUUCUUGUAAUGUGUUUUCUUUUGUUUAUUUGUUGUUUGUAAAUUGUGACCUUGGAACAUCUUUAUUUUUCCACCAUGAAAAUGGGACCCAAUAUAUUUAUAGUGCGAGAUUAUUCACAGACAUGUGACUUUUUCAGGGGUCUGUGUGUGUGAGCAAUGCUAUGGUCUUGUUUUAUGAUUUUUAUUAAAUACUGCCACUAGCUUAACUGCUUUACUACUGGCAAUAAAUUAUUCUCUAAAAUGGG